AUGAGGAGGUUCACUUUAAUAACAGCAGUGGUUUUCUGCAGCCGCAGCUGGAUCUCAGCUUCUGAGUUUCAGACUGUGGAGGUCCAGGACGGAGACGAGGUCACACUGCAGUGUUCCAACAUUUCCGCCUAUCCAACGCAGACAGACUGGUUCAGAGUGGUCAAUAAAACUAAGCCCAGCUGUGUUUCUUCUAUGUAUGGAUCUGACAGCGAAGCUUCUUUCUGUCAUGGAUUUGGAAACAGAAAUUUUAAUAUGAGUUCCAAUGUCUCUUUUGUCUUCCUUCAAAUCAAACGAGUGGAUUUAUCUGAUGCUGGGCUGUAUUUCUGUGGAUUUUACAUCAGUGGGCACACAGUCAUUUCCAAUGCAGUUGAGUUAAGAAUUCAAGACAGUGAACCCAGAGAAGAGGAGGAUUUUAAUAAGACUGAUCAAGAGCCCAGUGGAACGACAAACCUCAUAAUCAUCGCCCUCGGAGGUCUGACAGGUCUGCUCACUUUAGUGGUCGUUAUUCUGGUUCUAAAAAUCUGGAAAUCUCAAAAAGUUGCUGGAGAGCAAGAAGAAAAUAACAAGAACAUGACUUCAGACAAUCUGAACUACGCAGCUCUGAAUUUCCAGAAAAAGACCAAAAGAAGCUGCAGGCCUGUGACGCAGAGAGAGCAGGAGCCUCAUGUUGUGUAUGCUGCUACAAGAUAGACUGCAGCUCCAGCUCUGAA